AUGACAACAAUUUGUUUUUAUUUCCCAAAUUGGAGAACAGCAAGUAUUGCCUCAGCCCUUGCUUCAGUUCCCGCCUUAAUUAUUUUUGCUUUUAUAAUUCCUGAAAGUCCAACAUGGCUACACAGUCAAGGAAAAACUGAAAAAAUGCGUAGAAGUGAAAGGUAUAUUGCUCGUGUUGCUGGUAUUCCUUUUGAACCUGUUGAACAUGUUGAGAUUUGUAGAAAGGAAGUGAAGAAGAGACCGAACAUUUUUGCAAUCUUUCACGACAAAGUAUUAUUUGGCCGUCUAUUAGUGCUUUGGAUGAUGUGGUUUUGUUCUUCACUUUCUUCUUAUUCAAUAGAUUUAAACAGUGCCAAUUUUUCUGGUGACUUUUUUGCAAACCAAUGGAUAUUAUCUUGCCCUAUUAUUAUCUCAAAAAUGUUUUUAUUUGUUCUCGAUUCGAAUUGGCCUUCCUUCUCAAGACGUACACUUCACCAUUUUGCUCAAUCUGUUGUUUGUAUUAGCUUUAUUCUUUUAACAAUUUUAGUUAUUAUUGGAUAUGAUGGAAUAUGGAUUUUAUUAAUAAAUUUGUUUGGAACAAUCUUUCUUGAAUUUACAUGGGAUGCUAAUGUUUUAUGUGCUGUUGAAUCAAUGCCCACACAAAUGAGAGCAUCAGCUUUAGGUUCAUGCUCAAUGAUUGCUAGAGUUGGUGGAAUAUUUGCACCCUUGCUCGUUUUCUUCAACGAAAAAUGGCGUGCUUCUGCAUACUUAACAGUAGCAACUAUUGGAAGUUGUAACUUGCUAACCUCCUAUAUAUGGUUAAUUGAUACAAAAGGAGUAGAUUUGGAUGCUGUUAAUUUGGGAGUUGAUAUCUCAGAAAAAGAAAAUGAUGAAAAUGAGAACGAGAAAGGAGAAAAUAUUAAUGAAGAUAAUGUUAAAUUUAUACCUAAUGAACAUGGUUAA